UUUAAAGUGACAAGUUUAAAUCGGUCUUUUGCUUACGACCUAAUUUAGGUACUCUUUCUUAUCCGAUGGGAAAAGCAUCGAGGGACAAAAGAGAUAUUUACUAUCGGAAAGCAAAGGAAGAAGGAUGGCGUGCCCGUAGCGCCUUCAAGCUCUUUCAGAUUGAUGAGGAAUUUAACAUCUUUGAAGGUGUGAAACGAGUUGUGGAUUUGUGUGCAGCACCAGGCAGCUGGAGUCAGGUUUUAAGCCGGAAGUUAUAUCUCCCAGCAAAGUUGUCACCUGAUACCAAGGAUGGCGAUCUACCACUUAUUGUGGCUAUUGACUUACAGCCUAUGGCUCCCAUUGAAGGUGUUAUUCAAGUACAGGGUGAUAUAACAAAUGCUAAAACAGCUGAAGUGGUUAUUAGACAUUUUGACGGAUGGAAGGCUGACCUUGUUGUCUGUGAUGGUGCACCUGAUGUAACGGGACUUCAUGACAUGGAUGAAUUUGUUCAGUCCCAGCUGAUAUUGGCGGGCCUAACCAUAGUCACUCACAUACUAAAAAGAGGCGGAAAGUUCAUAGCAAAAAUUUUUCGAGGAAAAGACACAAGCCUCCUUUACUGUCAGCUAAAACUAUUUUUCACAGAAGUGACUUUUUCUAAGCCAAAAAGCAGUCGGAAUUCUAGCAUAGAGGCAUUUGCAGUUUGCGAGAAUUACUCUCCACCUGAAGGAUUUAAUGAGAAAGAUCUUCAUCGCCUUCUUGAAAAGAUUGGAAGUCCAUCUGGCAUAGUGGACCUAGAUUGCAGUAGUGCAUGGCUGGAAGGUCCUAAUAAGGUGUAUAUUCCAUUUCUGGCUUGUGGAGACCUUAGUGGGUAUGAUUCAGACCGUUCAUAUCCACUUCCUAAAGCUGCAGAUGGAACCUAUCAGUGUUUAGAUCCUGUACAACCUCCAAUUGCACCGCCAUAUAAACGAGCUCUUGAAAUGAAGAAAGCGUCAAGUCAAGGAAUCCAAAACCUAGACAAGCUUUCUCUUGGCUCCUGAUCUUACCAUCCAGAAUUAUCCCAUUCCGUGACAUCUGAAAAUCGCUUAUAUGUCACCAAAUGUAAGUACUCUUUAUUGCUAAUUGAUGAAUUUAAUAUGUAUUGUUAAGACUUUAGAUAGUUUAAACCAGAUGAGAGUCAUCUACUUGUGUCCCAGGGCAAAGGUAGUACAGCACAUGAUGUGUGGUAGGCGCGCUUCAUGUGAACUAAGUUUGGAGAAAGAUAGGGGAGCUAGUCCAUUAUCCACCAAGUUUCAAGUUCAGAGCAACUGAUUUAUCAGUUAUCAGAAAAGAAUGAUAGUAGUAAUAUACUUUGCGUAAUAACGAAUUUAUUUUGUACUUGGGUGAUUAAAUCUAAAAUUAACAGACAAUGAUCACUGGUUAUAUUACAUCGCGUGAGACUUCCUGUGACAACAGUAGUUCUUUAGAUGUAUGAAAUGAUUUUCUAGAUUA